AUGGGAACCGCGGGCUUCCGCGCUGCCGGUACUGCAGAAAAUCAGCAAACAACUGUUUAUACAAAUCUCCCUGGGAAACUACGUCCCUCUCCCCAGAAAACAACGGGAAACAGAAGGAAACCUCCGGAGAAUCUGUUAUUAGAUGAUAAGUAUAACAUCAAAAUAACAGAUUUCAGCCUCAGCAAUGAAUUUACUUUGGGCACGCAACUGGAAACCUUUUACGGCACUACUCCAUACACAGCCCCCGAGCUCUUCCAGUGCAAGAAAUGUAAUGGCCCUGAGGUUGAUGUCUGGAGCCUCUACCUGCUUGUCAUUGACACCCUUCCCUUUGAUAAGGAAAACUUUAAGCACUAUUCUUCAGCAGAGAACUCCAGCUACUUCAACAAAGAUUGUCACCAGAGCAACCACCUCAGGCCAAAUCCGCUUCCCCAGAGGCACUUCUUUUCGUGGCUCUGUCUUCGGGCAGCCACAGUAGCAGCAGCCUUCCACAUGUGACGGCCCCCUGCCUGUCCCACCCUUUCCCGUGACUCUACCCCAUUGGCCCGACUGAGAAAGUCUGGAAGUCAGAAGAAGAUCUGUGUUUAUCUGCUUAAGUUGCAGGACAUGUGAUUGAAAAUGACAAAAAUUUCUGAAGAAAUAUAUGACUUUAAAAGGAG